UAUGCCACAAGCGUGUGCGUAUAUCUCCGCGCAUGCGCAGUGGCGACGCAAACCCAAAACUGCCAAAAACAGAAGUGUAUUGAUCACCGCGUAGAGUACAGUAGACACCUCGCAGGUAUGAGCAGUAGCAAAGUAGCUCUGGUCACUGGUGCAAAUAAAGGCAUUGGGUUCGCAGUAGUGCGGUCACUGUGCAAAGAGUACUCCGGGGACGUAUACCUGACAGCCCGGGAUGUCGGUCGAGGAACCGCAGCAGUGGAAAGUCUGAAGAAGGAGGGCUUGACAGCGCUCUUCCACCAGCUGGACAUCACCGACCCCCGCAGCGUCCACACCGCACGGGACUUCUUCACGGAGCAGUACGGCGGCCUGGACGUGCUCGUCAACAACGCUGGCAUCGCCUUCAAAGUGGCAGACACAACCCCCUUUGGGAUCCAAGCAGAUGUGACACUGAAGACAAAUUUCUUUGCAACUAGAGAUAUGUGCAAUAUGUUUUUGCCCAUUAUCAAACCAGGAGGUCGGAUAGUGAAUGUGUCCAGCGAAAUGGGCUCGGUGUCUUUAAGCCGCUGUAGUCCAGAACUCCAGGCCCGUUUCCGAAGCGAUGACAUUACAGAAGAAGAGCUAGUUGGGCUGAUGGAGCGUUUUGUCCGUGACGCUCAGGAAGGGGUUCACGCAGAGCGAGGUUGGCCUAGCACUGCAUAUGGCGUCUCCAAAACUGGCCUCACAACCCUGACUAGAAUCCUGGCCCGAAAUCUGCUGAAAGAGCGGCCUGGAGAUGAGAUCCUCUGCAAUGCCUGCUGUCCAGGAUGGGUCAGGACUGACAUGGCUGGACCAAAUGCAACCAAGUCACCAGAUGAGGGCGCCGUCACUCCAGUGUACUUGGCAUUACUGCCUGCAGGGGCUAAAGAGCCCCAUGGGCAGUUUGUUUCAGAGAAGAAAGUGCAGCCGUGGUGAGAGCUAGAAAGAGUAAUCAUGUAUGUUUGUGUUGCAAAGCUGGAGUCAAGUUCAGACACACCCAGAGUGACCCAUCAGUAUUUAGAGAGGCUAUUUCUAGAAAGUUUUGGGCUGAACUCAGACUGAACCCUUGACAGAAGUCUUCAGGUACUCCAAAAAGUUACUAUAUGCAUUGUGUACUUUAUUAUUGUAAAUACAUACAAAAAGCUUUAAAAUCUGAUCAAGGUUUGGUGAAAAGACAAAUAGAGUAUCAUUAUCUAAAAGUUAAAGUUGUCAAACAAAAUGUUGUGCUUAAAGAGCCAUUUAGCAGGAUUUAUGUGGUCUUAAAGGAACAGUUCACCAAAAAAGUGAAAAAUUGCAGAAAAUGUUCUCAACCUCAGGUCAUCCAAGUUGUAGACCAGUUGGUUUCUUUAUUGGAGCAGAUUUGGAGAAAUGUAGUAUUACAUCACUUGUUUCUCCAAUGGUUUAUCUACAGUGAAUGGGUGCCGUCAGAACGAGAGUCCAACGGCAUUGUUUAUUACAAAUCUAUAGAUAUUAAUUUCACAAAAUUUUAAUUGAUGGAUUGGAGUGAUGUGGAUGAUUUGAAGAUUAUUAUGUUUUUGUCAGCUAUUUGGACUCUUAUUCUGACGGCACCCAUUCACUGUAGAGGAUCCAUUGGUGAGCAAGUGAUAUAAUGCAAAAUUUCUCUAAAUCUGUUCCAAUGAAGAAACCAACUCAUCUACAUUUUGGAUGGCCUGAGGAUGAGUACAUCUCUAGCUAAAUGUAUAAAUUUGUGAACUCCUCCUCUAAGAUUAAGAUUAGAGCUCCAGCUUCUGUUUGUAUUAAAUAUUUGAAGAUGCGAAAUACACAAAUGCAAUAUUUGUUAACUACAUCAAUGAAUCCUAAACUAAUAUUUAAAGUUACGCACUGGAUUGUAACAGUCAUCUUGUUAGGUUAUACCCAAAAAUUAUACUGAUAAAGAUUUCAUUAAUCUGGAAAAGAAAACUGAACUACAAAAAUAAAAUUCUAUGGCAUUUCUCA